UGUUCAGGAAUGAGGCCAAAUUGAAGAGAGAGCUCAAAGGCAGAUGACACAAGGGGAAGGGGAGGGCUGAGGGAUGUCAUGAGUAAAGAAGGAGAUUCUCAUUGGAAGCAAAGAGAGAAAGAAGACUGGUAGGCAUUUAUUUGAGGAAAAAAAAAGAAAAAGCCAUCCUACAUGCUAAAAGAAGUUUGGUAGCACUGAUAAGCUCUGGACUGCAGGACUGCAGCUGUGACUGUUUUUAAGCUCUGGAAAAUACCUCUAUAAAGAGUGGGAUUAUGUUCUCCAAGUUGAAGUGGCUGAUUAUGAUCCUGCUUCUGCUGAAUGAGCAGGCCCUGUGCAGAGUCCCGCCUCCUUUGGCCCACAGGGGCAUCCUGCUUCCAGGAUCUCAAGCUGGUGAAGAGGCAGGGAAGACAGCCAAACAUGAUCCUCUUGCUCCCCUGGGAUCCUUGCCCCACGAUGAUCUCUCAGCUUCAGACAAAUCUGGGCUUGAAUCGCUCGUGACACAAAACAUGGAGCGGGUCCAAUCCGCUCGGCAGAUAACGUUGGCCCUUAAGUCCAAGCUUCAGGGGCAGAUUCAAGAUCAUUUCCAAAUUAAGGAAAAAGUCACCUGUGAAGAGCUGUUGUCUGCAAGCAAUGUGGAUGAUCCAUUAUCAUCCAAGUUUCCUCGGGAGCUGCUGGGUCUUUCUUUAGUUCCUGUGAUGGUGAUGGCAGGCUGCCAAAAGGAAGCUCAGACCCUGGUGCUGAAACUAUACGAUCUCCUGGGAGAGGCUGAUACAGAGGAGCUCCUGAUGGAGGUAGAGGCUCUCAUAAGGAAGAAGGUGAGCAAAUCCACAUCUACACCAGCACCGGCAUCAGCAUCAUUGCCUUCAGAGAGAGAUGAAGAAAGUCGCCGCAUAGAAGCCGUGAUGUUCAACAUUCAACAGUUAGCUUCGGUGGAAGAGCAUCCUUCUAUUCAUGAGGGACAUUGUGAGGGUUGGGCCAGGGUGAAUGGGACAGUGCUGGUUGGAACACCUGUGGAAGGAGCCACAGGUGGACUUGAUGAUGCUGUGAGCACCUGUGAAAGAUUGGGAUUCCUGUGUGCUGGUGUAACCAGUACUGGGUUUCUCACACCUGGGAUAUACCAAGCAGUGUUGAAAAAAGGUAGCCGGGUCUUUCCGUCCACCUCCCCUGAGUCCGAGUGCUGGAUCCACCAGUGCAGCGACCAGGACCAGGUCCUCAUUGCCACAUCUUCACAUCAACGGACAAAGCGAAGCAACCCAAGAAGGUGUAUUAACAAAAAUGAAGAACGCGUGCACAACGUAAUGGAGUGGAUCCCUGGAGUUAGCACUCUCUACGGUCUGGGCACAGCGGUGUACUACACCUCAGUCAACUGCUCCGCAAUAGCCAAGGAGAGAGCCAUCCUCACUGCUGUUGACCUUGGAACGGAUGCCCUGAUGGUUGCCACAGGUGGGACCGCUGGGGUGGCAGGCUAUGCUCUGGGGGCAGGAGUGAAGACCGGUGUGAAGGCUGGGGUCAAGUAUCUGCUCAACUCCAUGAAGAAGGAGGACGACAUACUGGUGAACCAGUUCAGUUGGGAGGACGGUGUCUUCACCGUCCAGUAGACUUAAGCAUCAAUACAUCAGAUUCUCCCACAAAUUUAGACACAUUUUCAAACAGAGUGGAUCUGUUAAAUGAUGUAUUUGCAAAGAUAUACAUACUAACAACAGAGUUUUUCAUGACUUGAAACUCAAUUACAAACAUUAAAUAAAUAUUUAAGUAUUAUUUAGUUUGUCGUCAACUUCUUAAACAGCUUGUUUUAUUUUAUGUGUUAUGCAUGUCUGUGUGACACUGUGGCACAAAUCCUAUUGGGAGUAGUUUGAAGAGAUAUCUUGGUUUUUAUUCUUCCAACUGGCCUGUAUUGAUAUCAUAAACACAGACAUGCAUGCAUACACAAUCUGUAUGAAUUUAGAGUAAAUUGUCUACAGGCUUAAGAAACUAUAACCUCUGAAAUAAGCCUUAGGAAUGAUAUAUUUUCAUUUGUAGCGGCUAAAGUAUUUGGACAAAUGAUCAUCUUACACAGCAACACUGACAAGCUGGUCUCAGGAAACAAAACCUCCUCAACACUUUGAUUUAGGCUUCUGUUGAUGUUGUUUCUUCACCAAAUCUGGUGUAACUUCUGGAACAAUAGAUUGAUGAAUUAAAUAUGUGAUUUUUUUUGUCAUGUAUUUUAUUUCCAUUUUUUUUUUAUUGUUAAUAAAUGAUUAACUACUUUAAGUGUGUGCAUAUUCUGACAGUGUGGUAGUUCAAUGUAUUAUUAAUUAUAUCGUUGUAUUGUUUUUUCCAGAGAUCUGUCGAAAAACAAAAACAAACAAACAAACAGAAAAAAAACCCACAAAUCUAAAGAAAUAUGGAAAGUUUCUGAACAGGCAGACUCACAAUUACCUGAAAGCAUUCUGAAAUACUUCAUGAAAAAAGCCCCCUCCCCAAAAAGUUGAGUUCUUCUUACAGUGUUUAUUUGAAUGUUUAUUUGAGGCCUGCUUCAUCCCAGCGGGCUGAGGCACCUGCUGUUUUGCACGUUCUCUCUUUUUGCUCCCAUCUUCCUUUAGUCUAUUGGACUCUAUGUUGAAUUCUGCCCUAGCUGCGAUCAAACUGCUUUGAACAGGUUCACCGGUUGGUCGGACCGGUGACCAGUUAUCCCAAAAACUGUUUUUACAAAAAAUUAUGACAAGUUAUUGAUGCACUUGAACACAUUAUAUUGUGCCAGUGGGCCAACUUGAUUCUGUUGUUUAUGGAUUGCUCUGUCCUGUGAACUUUGCUCGAUCUGUACAUAUUUGCCAAACUGAUAAUAAAUCUGUGAACAAA